AUGCUCGAUCUGGAAGUUACUCCUGAGCGUUCGCUCGGUUCGACCACCGAGAAUUGGGAAUUUGUUCUCGGAAUGCAUUUUUCUCAAGCAGUUGCCAUCAUACAGUCUCAAGUAGGAAUAAUAAAGGGUGUACAGGUGCUUUAUUCCGAUACGAAUCCGCUCAACGUAGACAUAAUCAUAAAUAUGCCGCAGGAUGGUAUCCGUCUAAUAUUCGACCCGGUACAGCAGCGGCUGAAGACGAUCGAGGUGUUUAACAUGAAGCUGGUCAAGCUAAAGUACUGCUCAAUGCCGUUCAACUCGCCGGAAGUUGUGCCAUCGAUCGAGGAGAUCGAACAUUCGUUCGGUGCCACACAUCCGGGUGUGUACGAUGCCGCCAAGCAGCUGUUUGCGUUACACUUCCGAGGGUUGAGCUUUUAUUUCCCGGUCGACAGCAAGCUGCAGCCCGGUUAUGCGCACGGACUUGGUUCGCUGCAUUUUCCCAGCGGUGAAUCACCGGUCGUUUCCAAAAUGGCCAUCUACUCGGGGGUGAACGUGAUCGACAGUCGUCCGCCGCCACUUCCGCUCUCCUGCUACCAUCAGCAGCUAUACCUCGAGGCGACAACCGUGCUGCGCAGUGCACACGGCACGCGCGGGCUCCGGUUGCAGCUGUACACCGAAGGAUCGAUCCGAACGCUGGAACCAAGGAAACAGUGCCUAACGCGGGAAAUUCUGUUCGGCGACAGUUGCCAGGAUGUGGCGAGCAAUCUUGGUGCACCGUCGAGGGUAUUUUUCAAAAGCGAAGAUAAAAUGAAAAUCCAUUCCCCGAGCGCCCACCGACGUGUUCAGUCGAAGCGGAGUGACUUCUUCUUCAACUACUUUACCCUCGGCAUCGACGUGCUGUUCGAUGCGCGCACGCACAAAACGAAGAAAAUCAUCAUGCACACGAAUUUCCCGGGCCAUUACAAUUUCAACAUGUACCAUCGGUGCGAGUUUCAGCUGGAGCUGGCAGCGGACAAAGUCACUGAAGAUGCCCCACUGGAUGCACCUGUUACGAUAACGGCCUACACCAAGUGGGACUCAAUAGCGUCCCGGUUAGCACCAGCCGAACGGCCAGUAGUGUUGCAUCGCGUCGGUUCGACCAAUACGGCGAACGUGUUCGGUUCGACGUUCAGCUACGGGUACCAGGAUAUCAUUUUCGAGGUGAUGCCAAACAAUUAUAUCGCCUCGGUAACGCUCUACCAACCGGCCACCCCGUUCCAUGUGGCCGAUUGGAACACCACCACCAUCACGGGGCACAUCGGUAGCAGCAGUAGCGCCGGCAGCAGCACAGCACCCAGCAGUAGCAGCGGUCGUAAUGUUUUGCUGCAUGAUGCCAAGCCAAAUCAGGCCAACAUUCGCAUCACCGCAUGA